AUGAAUGACGAACACACUUAUGAAUGGGAAACCAUCACAGCAGAGCUAAACAUCAUAAAACCAGUGAAUGAGAUUGAAAUACAGGACGUGCUAGGCAAGAGUCUCGACAAACUGGAAAAAUGGGAAGCAUUUUACGAAAUAUACGCAAAAUGGAUAGGUUUCGGCACAAGGAAAGAUGAUGUACGACGUUCUCAUGGGGUCAUUGUAAUGCGGAGGUGGGUUUGUUGUUCCGAGGGUUCAAAAAAAAUCGCAUCACCCGACACACCAAGAAAAAAAAGACCUCAUGACGUCACUAGAACCGGAUGUCAGGCAGCAUUGCGUAUUUUACUCACACAACCGUGUAACACUUGGAAAUGCAAAGAGUUCAGCACAAUACACAAUCACGAGCUGGCUUCAUCGAGUGAGGUACAAUUUUUGAGAUCAUAUAGAGUUAUGUCCGAUGGGUUGCUUGCCCAAGUUAGGUCGAUGAACUCCAUAAGAAUUAAAACUGCCAACAUAAUGUCUCAUGUUGCUUUGCAAAGUGGAGGUUACGAGAAAAUGCCAUGUCAACUUCGAGAUGUGUACAACAGGGUUGCUGGUGCGAAGCGAGAAGAGAAGAUAGAGACGGACUCAGAAGGGGCUCUGGGAUUUCUUGAUUGUCUCGCAGAGAAGGAUCCUAAUUUCUUCGUUGUCUAUCAGGUUGACGACGAGAAUCGCUUGGCUAACUUAUUCUGGGCAGAUGGAAACUCACGCGUGGACUAUGUAGCUUUUGGGGAUGUACUAGGAUUUGACACAACCUACAUGACAAAUGAGUACAAUAAGCCCCUCACUGUUCUCAUUGGCGUCAACCACCAUUUCAACACAUGCAUCUUCGGAUUUGCUCUCCUCCUCCACGAGAAGCUUCCAUCAUAUUCUUGGCUACUUCAAAAAUUUCUAGAAUGCCAUGGAGAUAAGAAGCCAAAUGUUGUAGUUACUGACCAAGAUGCGGCCAUGAAACAGGCUAUCGUUGAACACAUGCCCGAUGUUACGCACCGUCUCUGCGCUUGGCAUCUCAAUACAAAUGCUUCGAAAAAGGUUAAAGAUCCGAUCUUCUUAAAAACAUUUAAGGAUCUCAUGUACAACUACUACGAGGAGGAAGAAUUUGAAGCAAGAUGGUUAGACGUCAUCCAAACCCAACAACUAACAGAUAAUGAAUGGUGUCAAACAACAUUCGAGUCAAGACAACAAUGGGCAGAAACUUAUUUAAGGGGUUCAUUCGUUGCAGGAAUGAGAACCACACAACGUUGCGAAUCCAUCAACUCCGCUCUAAAAAAAUUUUUAGAGAAGAAUUAUUGCUUGCGUGAAUUUGUAACAACCAUAGAUAUGACAGUCUCAAAGCUCAGACACAACGAGACUGCAAAUGACUUCAAAAGCAGAUGCACUCGACCUCACCCACCUAAUCCUACAUGCUUGACCACUUACUACAACCAAUGUGCUGCAUUCUACACAAGAACUAUGUACCACAAGGUUGCUGAGCAGCUUGAUUUAGAGAAUAACUCAAAAUCAGAGGACUCGUACAACCGUGCAAAGGAAGAGCUUGAACGGCUAACUCUAAUGUUGAAGGAAGAAUUUGACUUGAAUUCCAAUCUGGAAGGAGAGACGCCACAACCUGGAAGAUAUCGUAACAACCCCAAAAUUAUUAAAGACCCCGAAGUUGUGAGAACAAAGGUUACGGGAAAUACAAGGGAAGGACCAAACGGGGAGCAGAUCCCAAGAAACUCAAGACAUUGUCGCAUUUGUCGCUCAUCAGACCAUGAUUAUCGACGGUGCCCAAAUCGUCAACAUAACACUGGAUCUCAGGGGCAACAACCUCCAAACAAUCAACCAACAUCUGACUCAUUCAAUGACCACUCCAACGCGUAUUUCCCGGAACCGCCUUCCUCCACACAAGAGUCUUACUAUGGUCAUUCUUAUAACUAG